UAUUUGAACCUUGCAUUUAGGCAAUUGGAUUUUAUUUUUAACUGAUUGUCGGGUAGAAUUAAGCAGAUUGCACGAUGACUACGCCUGUGCCGCGUCGCACCAAGGAUAUGAUGGCACUGGCACUGGAUUCGGACUCGGAGGACGACUUCAAUACGCCGUACCGACCACGAUCGCGGCAAGCGGCGGCGGCAGAAGGAAAACAGCAGCCAGUGGCGUCUUUCCAACUGCCUGCGAGGGGCAAGGAGAACGAUCCCUAUCCCAUGCCCAUAAAUGUGCUACCUCGUCGAGUCUCCGAAUUGACCAUGAUGGACUCGGACAGCGAGGAGGAGGACAUCAAGAGCAAUCACAACCUAAACUGCGCCAUCCUAAACGAUUCCUUUGUACUGAGCCCCUCCCAAGAGCUAACGAACAGCAAUGGCAACAUUACCACUCGACGAUCAUCCCACGCCGUUCCUCUCAAGCAAUCCGAUUCGAAUCUCUCGUUCCUGGGGCGUUUCAACAACAUGGGCAUCAAUUGCAGCAGCAGCCAGGGAUCCCCGACUUCCAAGUCGGAGAAGCAGGUGGCCAAAAAGCCAGCGCCCACGAUCCAAACCGUCACGGAAAGACGUCAAAUCCAGGACAUAGAGACCCCGCUGCGCAAGGAAAUCUGCUCAACCUCGAAGGGCAAGUCGGAUGCGGACUUUAUCACACCCCAAGUGCGAACCAUUGGUUCCAGUUUAGCUGGAAAGAGCCGCAGUGCGGUGUCCACUGACUUUCGUGCCCAGAAGGUGCUCUUCCAAACGCCCAUGACCGUAAGUCGGGCGGCUCCUGUGCCCUCGGAGAGCAUAAGCUUCUCGCUUUGCGACACCAUCAGCGAGAGUCCCGACAUUCCGGAACCUCCGAAAAAAGCAGAUCCUCCGAAGAGCCAACACCAGUCCAAAAAGUCCCUGGAUAAUGUUUUCCGGGAAUCGGAGAAGGACAACGGAGCAGCCAAAGAGGAGAUCGCUGAGCCAAAGGAGUCGAUGCCCGCAGUUCCCGUCCAAGCAGAACCGUCUUCCAACUCGUCCAAGACCUCUACCGUACUAAGAAUUAAGAAUCAUGAAUAUACGAUUGCCAAAAAGCUGGGCUGCGGUGGGUCCAGCUCGGUUUACUUGGCGCGUCGCUCGGAUUCCGGCGAUGAGUUCGCACUGAAGGUGGUGGAUCUGCAGGCCGAUCCCCAAGUGGUUCAGGGCUAUCUCAACGAAACCAAGCUGCUGGCCAAGCUGCAGGGAAACGUUUGCGUUGUGGCGCUGUAUGAUUAUCAACUGGUUCGCGAAGAAUCCAAGCUCUAUAUGGUUAUGGAGAAGGGCGACUGCGACCUGAACAAGAUCCUGCAAAGCUACACCACCACCCUGCCGUUGUAUAGCCUUAUGAACAUCCUGUACCAGAUGCUGCAGGCGGUCAACUACAUUCACCAGAACGGUGUCAUUCACUCGGAUCUCAAGCCGGCAAACUUCCUGAUGGUCAGCGGAAGACUGAAGCUGAUCGACUUUGGCAUCGCCAGCAAUAUUUCUUUGGACUCGACGAGCAUCAUCAAAUUUUCACAGGCGGGCACAUUCAACUACAUUAGUCCGGAGGCAUUGACGGACACAUCCACGGGCAACAGUCCGAUGCGCGGAGCCAAUCAGCCCAAGAUCAAGAUAUCCACCAAGUCGGACGUGUGGUCGCUGGGCUGCAUCCUCUAUCUGCUGCUUUACCAAAAGACGCCCUUCGGCCACAUCCGAAACAUCUAUGCCAAGAUGAGUGCAAUCGCGACUCCGAGCACCAGCAUCGAGUUUCCGGCCAUUCAACCCUAUUAUCCCAUCAUGCUGGUUCAUAUGGCCAAGAACUGCCUUCAGCUGGAUCCCAAGAAACGACCGUCGUGCACUGAACUGCUACAGUAUCCAUUCCACAUGAUCAUUCCGCUACAGAAUCUGCAGAUACCCAAGCAGAACCGCCAACAGUAAUUAAGCUUGAGAGCUCAACUAUUUAUUAGUGAAAUGUCAAAGGUCAAAUGUCUUUCUCAUAUGUGUGUGUAUAUAUUUAAUUCUCAUUUUAUCGUAAAUUAAACAUCAUAAAUCCUUAUAAUGCA